AUGACUGUUACUUCUUAUCGGCUAUCGUUCAUUCACAAUACAUUGAAAUGUUCCACGCAUUCUCAUGCAACUUCAGCAGGAUUGAAGAAAAAUGUUUCUGCAUCAAACAGUUCUCAAAACAACAAAGCUGGUGAUAGCAACAGUGGUGGUUGUAAAGCUGUUGUAAAGACAGAUGAAUUGUCACUCAAUGCUGCUAUUCUUAUUAAACAGUCUGAAUAUGCAGCAGGUUCAAAGCACACUCCUCCUCGCUUUCAAAAGAUUAUUAAAAGCUGCAGGCAGUUCUGGGCUGGAAACUUUCCCGAUUGGUCCUGUUGUUUGGAAAAAGAGCUACGAAAAAGCCCACAAAUUCUAGAAAAUGCUCUUUCAGAACCUCAUUUCCCGCAUGGCUUUUCGAUGCAACUUGCUAAAAUAUUUCACUUCAAUAUAAAGCUUGCAGGAUUUCUGGAUGCUUGCACUGCUUCAGGAGAGGUCUUCCAGUUUCUACGGUUUUGCGACUCUAUGUACAAGGAUUCACGGACAGUAAAAGGUUUUCAACGAGGAUACCUCGUGGAGUCGUCGCUGGUUUAUGAGAAAUUAGCAAAUUAUUAUGCCAAAAAGGCUGACUGGAAUGGAUACAUACGAUUACUUGAACGAACAAAACGAGAGAGUAUGUUACCCUCGCGAAACAUGUAUUUUUAUGGAUUUGAAUGCUUGGGUAAGCUUUUGAACAAAGGCGAUUCUCAUCCUACACGAAACUAUAUCCAACAUAUCUCAAAAGUUAUGGUAAAUCGUAUGAGCUCCAAAUCUGUAAUACUCUUGGAAGAAAUCGAACAUCAGAUAAAAAGUCUGAUAGAUGCAGCUGAAAGAGAGGGACAUGAUCUAACUCAGGGCUUAUUGGAUUUACCUCUUGAAGAGGGAACGUUAAGAAAUAUUCUCACUGCUUUACUUCACGUUCGACCGGAUUUCAAACCAAAUCUGAAUUACUUUAGUCAUUACUCAUCCAGUGAUAUGUCAACAGAUGUUAGACAUCUUAAAGAAGUAUCAUAUCCAGCUCAAAAGCAUUUAGAUAAUGUGAAUCACGAAUGUUGUAAUCCCUAUGCUGGCAUCUUCAGAAAUUCCGAUGAUAUUACAAAAGCAUUCGAAGAUCAAAUACGUGUUGAAAGAAUGACCGAAGUACCCGUUUUACCUGUUCUUUCUCCAUUUGGUCAAUCAGAAACUACGUCUUUACCAAAAGAGCUAAAAAAGAACCUACAUACUGCACUGAUCAAAGAACAAAAUCAUUGGCGUAAUGCUUUAUUAAUUGCAUUUAAUGAACAACUGAAAAGGCUUAAGCUUUCACAUGCAAAAGGAAAAUUAACGGCCUAUCCUUUCCUGAAAAUUUUACCUGCGUCGAACUAUGUUGAUCUGAUGAUUACAGGCAUUGAUAUGUUGAUUGUAGACUCAGCCCUACAGUAUACUUCUUCAUCAUUUGCUUGUCUUCAACUUGGUCGACGUGUGGAACGUGCAUGCACAGUAUAUCGUCAAGAAAAACUGGGAUAUUUCAAACAGUUAGAGAAAACGUAUAUAACCUAUGCAAAUCUUUUCAACGAACGUGAAAUGAAAUUAACAAAUUUUCGACAUAUGUGGUUACAUGCUUUACAGUUGCAUAUCGAUCAAGGACCGAAUACACAUCAUAAUUGGUCAUCAUGGCCACCAGUUAUACUUUUCAUGAUCGGAGAGGUUCUAUACAAUCUUAUCUACGAACAUUUACGUUUUGAUGCAAAUGGCCCAUUAAGAGUUCGUCAUGAAUUCUCUAAACAUGGGAAUAAAGUGAACAGUUUAACUCGUCGAGAUACUCCUGCUCUAUUCGAAGUACUCACAGAAUUUCCUACAGAAGUGACAAAUGAAAUUAAAGUUCAUCCAACAUUAAUUAACUGGUAUAAAGAUGCAGACUAUCCACCGUUAAGCUUCCACCCAUGUGCUCUACCUAUGCUCUGUCCUCCAGUCCCAUGGAUUAACCUGAAUGAUGCUGGUUACUUAAUAUCAAGAAACUAUUCAACACGUCUGAUUAGAUGUAACAGUAUUUCAUUGACAAAUCCAACCUACUCGGAUGAUUUAGAUUUUGACUGUAAACAAAUUCCAUCGGUGCUAGACGCACUCAAUUGUUUAGCUUCUUGUCCGUGGAAGAUUAAUAACACUAUUUUAGACUACCUUAUUCAAGUCGCACGUUCCGGUGGCAGUGAAAAGCUGAGUAUACCCGAAUGGAAAAGUAAACCUAAACGUGUUGAGUUAAAAAGUGACAUGACUGCAAAAGAACGUCAAGUUGCCUAUAGAAAAUAUCGUGAAGCUCGACAGGAUUAUGGCGAAUUUUGUUCUUUAUGGAGUACUGAACUGUAUAGACUGUCCAUAGCUAAUCAGUAUCGAGAUAAAACUAUAUGGUUUCCUCAUAGUAUGGAUUUUCGUGGUCGUGUAUAUCCUUGUCCUCCGCAUUUCAAUCAUACUGGUAGCGAUGUGGCUCGAAGUCUUAUCGUUUUUGCAAAAGGAUUACCUCUUGGUUCCAAGGGCUUAGACUGGCUUAAAAUACACCUAGUCAACUUGACAGGCUUAAAAAAGAGAUGUACUCACAAUGAACGUCUAGAAUAUGCUGAUUCUAUAAUGGAUGAUAUUAUCGAUUCUGCUGAAAAGCCAUUUGAUGGCAGGAGAUGGUGGCAAGAUCAAGCGGAACCUUGGCAAAUUUUAGCGUGUUGUAUUGAAUUAAAAAAUGCAUUAUCGCAUCCAUCCGGGCCGGAAUCAUUUAUUUCUCAUUUUCCUGUCCAUCAAGAUGGCUCUUGUAACGGUCUGCAACACUACGCUGCUUUGGGUCGUGACCAACGAGGUGCUGAAUCAGUGAAUCUGACUAAUAUGGAUCGACCUCAAGAUCUUUACAGUGAUGUUGUUGAAGUUGUGGAAGCCCAAAGACAAAUAGAUGCAGAUGGCGGUGAUGUUACUGCAAAAAAACUUGAAAACUUUGUUCGACGUAAAGUUAUUAAACAGUCAAUUAUGACUACAGUGUAUGGUGUCACUCCGUAUGGUGCUACAGAGCAGAUACGCAAACAACUCCGUGACUUACAUGACUUUCCCAAAGACUCUUUAUUACCUGCCUCAAGAUAUUUGGCUCGUUUAACACUUUCGAGUAUUGGAAAAAUCUUCACAUCUUCAGUCGACAUUCAAGAUUGGCUUUGCGAAAUUGCAAAAUAUAUAUCUGGAGAUCUACAAUGCAGAGUUAGUUGGGAAACUCCACUUGGCUUACCAGUUAUUCAGCCUUAUAUGCAGUCUGGUAAAAGCUCUUCAUCUGAUAAUGAUUAUACAGUUAAUAUUUAUGGCCAGUCGCAAUACAGUAGUCAAACAGAAGCAGAUUUUCUAAAGAAUCUUAAACAAAAUAGUAAUUUUAUAUCUCUACCAAAAUCAUCUAAACAGACUAGUGCUUUUCCUCCAAAUUUUAUUCAUUCACUGGAUUCAUGUCAUAUGAUGUUGACUGGUUUACACUGUUUAAAAGAAGAUGUUGCAUUUGCCUCUGUACAUGAUUGUUUUUGGACGCAUGCAGCUAAUGUGGAUAAACUAAAUCGGAUUUGUCGGGAAGAAUUCAUAGCUCUUCAUAGUCAACCGAUAUUAAGCAAUUUUGCUGAUUAUCUUAAACAAAGAUUUGCAUAUACUGAACAAGAAAUUGAUGGAAUGAAAAAUAAAACUAAACAAGAAAGAGCAAUAGCUUUCAACAGGUUACUCACAAAUGUUCCAAAAACAGGUAAUUUUGAUCUGUCAGAAAUUAUGAAAUCAGCAUAUUUUUUCAGCUGA